AUGAGAGAGGACUUUUACAAUUCUGUUAUGAAAUACAAAAAGAUGCGAGCACGUUUUGAUCAAAGACAGGAAUUAAAGAACGAAUACGAAUUAUUAAUUAAAUUUGAUGAACAUACAUAUGAUUUGUUUGGGUUGUAUCAGCAAGCGAUUGUUGGUGAUAUCAAUGUACCAAAAAUAAAUUAUCGUGACCCAAAUGAAAUGUCAUAUAUGUGGUCAUGGAUUAAGGGAAAUCGUAAAUGGCAUGCAUGGAAUAAGUGCAAAGAUGAUUGGAAAGAUGAAUUAGAUCCAAGAGUUCCAGAUAAAAAUGCAUGGAUACCGGAAGAGGAAGCGGAACAAUUCCAUAAAUUUAUGGAACAAGCAAAACAUGAACGAAGAGAACGAGAUGCAUUGAAAAGACAAAAGGAAAUUGAAGAUGGAAUGUGGGACGAAUGA